AUGUGUAAAGAGCUAUCAUAUAAUGUGAAAAACAAAACUGAAGAUGAAUUAGUAGCAUUGAUUCAAAGGUCUUAUCUGUUUGAUGCUGAGGAUGAAAAUGAUAUAAGCAAAGACUAUAAAGAUGAAAAUAAUGAAGAAUCAGAUGAUAAUUUAGAGAUUCUUAAUCAUCAAGUAGUAGUUCUUGUUAUUAAUAACGUUGUAGAUUUGUAUUAUCAAGCAUUUAAUCAAGUAGGGGAUUUGUAUAUCUCUAAUGAAGACAAUGUCAAUUCUGAUAUCGCUAUGAAUAAAAAUCAUAAAUUUAAUUUAGAAGAAUUA